AUGGAAGGUAUCCAGUAUAAUAGGAAGCUGUGCCGCGGUUGCCCCCAGGGCUCUCAACUUGGUCCCACGCUCUGGACGAUAGCCAUAUCUCCGAUAUACGAGAAGAGACUCUGUCCGAGCUCUAAGAUCAUCACUUACGCUGAUGACAUUAUCUUAAUGGUCGGCGCGGCAAGGCCACAUAGGGCGUUCACACGCAUUGAGAAGCAGUUGGACUCUUUCACCGAGUGUGCCUCAACCUUCUCCCUUGAGUUCUCAGCCUCUAAAAGCCAACUACUCUCGCUAAAGGGAGGCCUGAAACAGGGGUAUACCGUCGGCUUCGGAACAGGGGCGAACGCGCCUAGAAUCGAGGCCACAGUGACGGCGAAAUACCUGGGUGUCACCCUUGACCCCAGGCGCAGCUACUGGGACCACGUCAAAUCAGUUAGCGAAAAAUUCAGCGAUAUGUAUAGAAGGCUUCGUUCCCUGUACUUGGCCAACUGGGGCCUGGGGCAAGCCGCCGCCCGCACGAUUUACAAAGGGGUUUUCAUACCCAGGAUAAUCUGA